AUGUCUUCUAAGCUCUUUAUCGGUGGUCUCUCAUGGAACACAACUGACGAAACCCUUCGUUAUAAAUUUGAGGAGUUUGGUCAGGUUACUGACGCUGUAGUCAUCAGGGAUCGUGAUACUGGCCGCUCUCGUGGUUUCGGUUUUGUAACUUAUACUAACCCAGAAAAUGCUCAACAAGCCUCCAAUGCCAUGAACGAUCAAGAAUUUGAUGGUCGCCGCAUCAGAGUUGACCUUGCUACGGAUCGCCGUUCUGGCGGUGGUAAUGGUGGAGGCUAUGGUGGUGGCGCUGGAGGCUAUGGUGGUGGUAGCGCUGGAGACUAUGGUAGCGGUAGCGGUGGUCAGUGGUAA